CUAAUGAAGACACCUUACAUAGCUCAUCUCACUGAAGAGGACUAUGAGCACGUAUAUGAACCAGCAGCAGAGGACUCAUUUAUCCUCCUUGACGCGCUCGAGCAAGAUGUGGAUAUCUUUCGUGACCACCCACCCAGUAUCUGCGUCGAGAUAGGAUCUGGGUCUGGGGUAGUAUCUACCUUCCUAGCUCAGCUUUUGAGCGAGCCAGCAGUCCACAUCGCCACGGACAUCAACCGCUAUGCCUGUCUAGCUACAGCUAAGACCGGCACCAUCAAUAAUGUCAAUCUGGAGGUGAUACAGUCCAAUCUGGUCGACUCGUUCCGUCUAGAUGGGAAGAUUGAUAUCCUGAUGUUCAACCCACCCUACGUUCCGACCAGUUCAGAAGAGCUCGCGUCUACACAAGCAUUACGCGGGAUAGGCGGUGCAUGGGCGGGCGGAGAGACAGGUAUGAGCAUCACUGACGAGGUGAUCAAGUCCCUACAGCGCCUUCUCGCCCCCGGCGGCCGAUUCUACCUCGUCGCGGUGGAGCAAAACCGCCCUUUGGACAUCGUCGAGCAACUCAAAGACUUAGGACUGGACGCCGAGGUAGUUUUACGCCGACGAGCAGGUCGUGAGCUUCUCUACAUAAUACGUGGCAUA